CAUGGCGAGCACGUCGGCGGAGAUCACCGCGUUCCUGCUGACCAUCUCGGGAUGGGUGCUGGUCUCCUCCACGCUGCCCACCGACUACUGGAAAGUGUCCACCAUCGACGGCACGGUCAUUACCACCGCCACCUUUUGGGCCAACCUAUGGAAGACCUGCGUGACCGACUCCACCGGCGUCUCCAACUGCAAGGACUUCCCAUCCAUGCUGGCGCUGGACGGUUACAUCCAAGCCUGCAGAGGAUUGAUGAUCUCUGCUGUCUGCCUGGGCUUCUUCGGUGCUGUUUUUGGACUGAUUGGGAUGAAAUGUACAAAAGUUGGAGGCUCUGAUCAGACUAAAGCAAAAAUAGCUUGCUUAGCUGGACUGAUUUUCAUACUCUCUGGGUUGUGCUCUAUGACUAGUUGUUCCCUGUAUGCAAACAGGAUUACGUCUGAAUUCUUUGACCCUUCUUUUGUUGCACAAAAGUAUGAAUUAGGAGCAGCUUUGUUCAUUGGAUGGGCUGGAGCUUCACUCUGCAUAAUUGGUGGCAUUAUAUUCUGCUUCUCAAUAGCUGAAAACAGUAAUUCUGCAAGGAGGGGGUAUGCCUAUAAUGGAGCCACAUCUGUGAUGUCUUCUCGUACAAAGGUCCACAACAGUGUCCCUGACAAAACCCCACCCAAGCACUUUGACAAGAACGCUUAUGUUUAGUUGCACUGUUGGAAGACUCAAAGCGUUUUUAAACGUGAUUUUUUAUGUUUCAUUCAGAGUGAUUCCCCCUACCCCAAGCCCAAUGUACUUACUACUAAGACAAUGACUUUUAAAAAUAUUAACUUGCAGCUUUUUACAUACUGAUGUAAAUUUUAUUAUAUAUUUUAAGAUUGAUGUUGGUAUUGUAAAGUUUAUACCUGGAAAUCAUGAGCUGAUGUUGCAUUCUUGAAAAGAAAUAAACAAGGUAUUUAC